UAACCCCCCUCUCUCGCACACCGCCGAUCAUGACUUCCGCAAAGGAGCAGGCGGCCAUCGGCAGGCUGUUAGCCUUCCUGCAGGAGUGGGACAACGCCGGAAGAGCUGCCCGGAGCCGCAUCCUGGACAACUUCAUUGAGGCAAAUCAAGGCAAGACGGGGCCAGAGUUGGAGCUGGAAUUCUCGCAGGGAGCCAGCCUGUUCCUGGCUCGCCUGACAGCAUGGCUCCGGCUGUCUUACAUGAAUGGAACAUGCUUAGACCAGCUGCUGAAGGCCAUAGGCAUCUUUUUAUCUGCUGCAAGUGGCCAUAGGUACCUCAUCGAAUUUCUGGAGGUUGGAGGUGUCCUGACUCUCCUGGAAAUAUUAGGGUUGAGCCAACUAAAGGAAGAAGACAAAAAGGAGUCAAUAAAGCUACUUCAGCUAGUAGCAAAUGCUGGCAGGAAGUAUAAGGAGCUCAUUUGUGAGAGCUAUGGUGUGCGAUCGAUAGCUGAGUUCAUGGCCAGUUCCAAGUCAGAAAAGACUCAGAGACAAGUGCAGAUUCUGCUGGACUCCUUAGGCCACGGCAAUCCCAAGUACCAGAACCAAGUGUACAAAGGCCUCAUUGCUCUGCUGCCGUGUACCUCCCCGCAUGCCCAGCAGCUGUCCCUGCAGACUCUCAGGGUUGUGCAGGCGAUCGUGGGAAAGAGCCACCCCAGCAUCGUGGAGGCCGUGCUGGGCGUGCUGCGCUCCAUGGAGCUGGAAGUCCAAUAUGAAGCCAUUCAGCUGAUAAAGGAUCUCACCUCCUACGACGUCCGUCCAGCGCUGCUGCGGGGCCUGGUGGCGUUACUGAAGCCAGCAAGGAGGGAGGCUGUUAAGACACAAGCAAAAACCCUGGGAGAUCCUACCACGUUUGACCUCACCGAGUCCUUGCCGGUGUACGUACAGCAGGCUGCUGCAGCAAAGGCCAUCGGCGUCCUAGCCAAGAGCUCGACCGACCUGGCCAAAGAACUGGUCCAGCUGAGAGUGGUGCACGGCCUCAUGUGCGCCAUGGGAAACCAGGAUCACGCCACCGGCCAGCGACAGGCCAGCAUCACUCUGGCGCACUUUGUCCAGACAUUUCCCGUUGUGGAGGAGCACGUGCGGAAGGCGAUAGGAGAGCCCCUGUUCCAGCUCUUCAUGGGAGAUCCCAAGAGCUUGUACAUGAACAUGGAUGCGGUGCAGACCGACAUCCUGGUAUCCAACAAAGUGGACAUCCCAGGGAGCCUGCUAUGCCUGGAAAGGACGCAGCAGAAGGAAGAAGCCUAGGAAUGAGCAAACCAGAGACCUGGACCAGUCCUGCUCAGCCCCCGCCACCCCCAACCCUCCAGCUCUGCGCUUCCCACGCCCCAGCCCCCCUGCUUCCUUCAGGCUGAAUCUCAGAACAUCUUGCAGGUUUGGUCCUUGCAAACAUCUCUGACUUAUGAACUACGCAGCCAGGCAUCCUCCCUGCCCCAAAGGGAUGGCAGAGCCAGUUCUUGGACUGCGCUAGGGCAGGGGGAGAAAUCCCAGGGGAGAGGAGAGGGAGAAUCAGGUCAUGGCAGCGGUCAUGGCAGCAUCUCCCCAGCGCAGGGAGCAGGCUUUGGCUUUUCAGUUUGUAUAAAUCUUUCACCUUUUACUAAAAAUUUCCAUGGGGAGAAGCGGUGAGGAGUUCUCAACCAAUUUUCUGAGAUCCUGUUUCAGCUGAUCCGCCUUU